CAUUCUCUUUUCUCUUUUCCUAUUCUACCCUCCUCUUUUUUCUCUCUCUUCAAAACCCGCCCUCACCAGAGAAAACCGAAAGAAAAAUAAAAAGAUUCAACUCGUUCGCGACUCAGUCGAGCUCGAUUAUGGCCUCGGCGAUCUCGGAGCGAGUCGAACUCGCUAAGCUCUGCGCCUCUCGAGAUUGGUCUAAAGCUAUUCGAGUCCUGGACUCACUUCUCUCUCAAUCCUGCACCAUUCAAGACAUAUGUAACAGAGCGUUUUGUUACAGUCAAUUAGAGCUACACAAACACGUGAUUAAAGACUGUGACAAAGCCUUACAGCUCGAUCCUAUGCUUCUUCAAGCUUAUAUUCUCAAAGGUCGUGCAUUUUCAUCUUUGGGAAGGAAAGAUGAUGCUCUUUUGGUGUGGCAACAAGGCUACGAACAUGCUUUGCGCCAGUCUGCAGAUCUGAAACAAUUGCUGGAACUCGAAGAGCUUCUCAAGUUUGCAAAACAAGAGAGAAACAUUGGUCUUAGGGACCAUGUGACAGAAUCUACACCCAUGAAUACAACUGAAUUUGCAACUCAUACAAAUGGAAAAUCAAAUGAAGCCUCUAAGAACCGAGAUCAAUUGAGUGAUAUCUCCAAUUCCUGCAGGGAGUCUGGAGAUGGAUCUGAGAUCUGUAGCAAAUUUGGGGGUAAUUUUGAUGCGAUGAAUGUGAUAAGAGAUAAAGCUGGAGGGGAGUCACCUAUCACUAUACCUGAAUGUAGACCUCAUAUGAAUGGAAAAUCAGAUGAUGUUUGUACAAAUCACGAUAAAUUAGGUGAUAAAUCCAAACUGCACAAUGAGUCAAGAGAUACAUAUAAGAUCUGCUGCAAUUCUGGGGAUAACUGUGCCAUACAAAAUUACUUGAGCAGAAAAGCUGAAGGGGAUGUAAAGACUGAUAAGAAUGGAACACAUAACUUUAUUGAUAAAAUUAGUGAUUCUGAAUCCUGUAAUGUCUUGAGCGAUACAUCAGUACCAUCAAGUAAAUCAUCUACUAUAUCUAUCAGCUCAGGUGAUACGAGUGAUAUUCGUGUCAAGUUGAGUAAUAAAACUGACAUACCUAAUGAAGCGGGUGAUGAAACCAAGAAAAGUAAAAAGUUCUCUGUAACUAGGAUUUCAAAGACCAAAUCCAUAACUGUAGAUUUCCGGCUGUCAAGGGGGAUAGCACAGGUUAACGAAGGAAAAUAUGCAUCUGCCAUAUCUAUCUUUGAUCAGAUACUGACAGAGGAUCCCACUUAUCCCGAGGCACUAAUAGGUAGAGGGACAGCACAUGCAUUUCAACGGGAACUGGAAGCUGCUAUUGCUGAUUUCUCAAAGGCUAUUCAAUCAAAUCCAUUAGCUGGUGAGGCGUGGAAGAGAAGAGGGCAAGCCCGAGCUGCCUUGGGGGAAUCCAUAGAGCAGGCCAUCCAUGAUUUGACCAAGGCAUUAGAGUUUGAACCAAACUCAGCAGAUAUUUUACAUGAAAGAGGAAUUGUUAAUUUCAAGUUUAAGGAUUUUGAUGCUGCUGUUCAAGAUCUGUCUGCAUGUGUGAAGCUUGAUAAGGAUAACAAGUCUGCCUACACAUAUUUAGGUUUGGCACUAUCUUCAACUGGCGAAUACAAAAAGGCUGAGGAGGCGCAUUUAAAAUCUAUCCAACUUGAUCGGAGUUUCCUCGAGGGAUGGGCUCAUUUAACCCAGUUCUACCAAGAUUUAGCAAACUUGACCAAAGCUUUUGAAUGCAUUAAACAAGUUCUCCAAAUUGACGCAAGGUUUGCAAAAGCUUAUCAUUUGCAUGGGCUGCUGCUGCAUGGAAUGGGAGAGCACAGGAAGGCUAUCAAGGAAUUAUCACUUGGCUUGAGCAUUGAAAACUCAAACAUAGAGUGCUUGUAUUUACGAGCAUCCUGCUAUCAUGCUAUUGGAGAAUAUGGAGAGGCGGUGAAGGAUUAUGAUGCGACACUAGAUAUGGAACUGGACUCGAUGGAGAAGUUUGUACUUCAAUGCUUAGCUUUCUAUCAGAAGGAACUUGCUUUAUAUACAGCUUCCAAGAUCAACAGUGAAUUCUGUUGGUUUGAUAUUGAUGGAGAUAUUGAUCCUCUCUUCAAGGAGUACUGGUGCAAAAGGUUGCACCCCAAGAAUGUGUGCGAAAAGGUGUACAGACAACCUCCUCUUCGCGAUUCUCUGAAAAGGGGUAAGCUGAGAAAGCAAGAUUUUGUUAUUACAAAGCAAAAGACAGCUCUUCUAAUGGCUGCAGAUUCAAUCGGCAAGAAGAUCCAAUAUGAUUGUCCUGGCUUCUUACCCAACAGGCGUCAGCAUCGAAUGGCAGGAUUAGCUGCUAUUGAAAUUGCACAAAAGGUCUCAAAAGCAUGGCGUUCUUUGCAAGCUGAAUGGAAACAUUCUAAUAAAAGCAUGUCAAAAUAUGGCAAGAAAACUCGGAGAAGAAUUAACAUGCCCAGUCAGAAUAGAGGUGGUGCUGGUUGUAGUAGCAAUUCUUCAGAAACAUCAACUUCAUAUGGGAUUUCAGAGGAGAGAUCAUCUGGUCGUCAUAUGAUAUCAUGGCAAGAUGUUUAUUCUUUGGCUGUCAAAUGGAGACAAAUUUCUGAACCCUGUGACCCAGUGGUGUGGGUUAACAAGUUAAGGCGUGAGGAGUUCAAUACUGGAUUCGGGUCUCAAACGCCAUUGAUUCUUGGACAAGCUAAAGUUGUUCGAUACUACAUGAACUAUGAAAGAACAUUAGAUGCUGCAAAGACCAUCAUGAAGGAUAAACUGUAUGUGCACAGCAAGGCAGAUGAAGUCAUUGAUAUAUCCAAAGAUGAGAAAUUACGAGAUAUCAUGGAUGCUAAAACUUGUUCUGAGCUUUACAAAGUGAUUGGUGAGGACUUCUGGUUGGCUACAUGGUGCAACAGUACUGUAAUUGAAGGGAAGCGGCUUGAAGGGACAAGGAUUACCCUGAUGAAAAUGGGUGAGCAUGGAUUUGAUUUUGCAAUUAGAACACCAUGUACGCCUCCUAGAUGGGAUGAGUUUGAUGCUGAAAUGGCAAUGGCAUGGGAAGCUGUAUGCAAUGCUUACUGUGGUGAAACUUAUGGGUCCACUGACCUUGAUGUGCUUGAGAAUGUUAGAGACACAAUUUUAAGGAUGACAUACUACUGGUAUAACUUUAUGCCGCUAUCUAGAGGUUCUGCUGCUGUCGGAUUCAUAGUUUUGCUUGGAUUACUUCUUGCUGCUAAUAUGGAGUUUGAGGGGAAAAUUCCGAAAGGGAUACAGGUGGAUUGGGAAGCCAUUCUGAACUUUGAACCAAGCUCCUUUGUGGAUUCCAUUAAAAGUUGGUUGUGUCCUUCUCUCAAGGUCACAACAUCUUGGAAAGAUUAUCCAGAUGUAGCAUCAACGAUUGCAACAACAGGAUCAGUUGUAGCUGCUCUGAGCUCUUACAAUGAUUAACACUCCAGAAUCCUUAAGAGGUGAGUUAGUUACGUUAUUUGGGGACAUUUGAUUUCAUGCGAAAAUGAAAUACUCUGAUGAUCUCUUGGUCUUUGGAUAACAAAAGACUGCCAAGGACUUGUUCCUUCUGCUUAGGGAAAUUGAUGCACCGUGAAAGAAUAUUCUCUGUUUGGGGCAUAGAAAUGAUCCUGAUAGAGUAUUGACGUACCAUGCAAAUUCAACUUUGUGAUUUUUAAAUUGAUGCCUUGAAAGCAACGUGUAUUAGGUUGUCGGUUUUUCCUGUGGCAAAGGGUUCCGGUGGACUUAUAGAUACUUCAAUUUCACAGAAGAUGCUUUUGCAAUCCUUGCUGUCUUAACCAUCUUGUAAGCAUAUGUAAUCUUUGUUGUACUAUUUAUGUGUUGUACAGAUUAAUAUAGAUGCAAAAGUUUUUACCCUCUUAUUUGUUCUCCAUACAUCUGAAAUAAGUGCAUGUAUUCGCUGUAUUUCACUAGGGAUAUCUGCCUCUUAAUUGUGAAUUCAUAAGCUCAAAAAGAAUGUAGUUCAUUGAUGUCA